AUUUGUCAUUAGUGACUGCAUCUGCAGGCCGUGGGCAGCUACUGCUUUGCUCUUCCUCGUUUCAAAGAAAUCAAUUCAUUAACUGUCGCGCCCGGAGAAAUUAAGCACACAGUGACGCAAAGUGUUUUUAGAUGGAGACACAGUACCCAUGUCGGUGUUUUACUUUAGAAAUCGUGAUCUUUGACGUUUGACAACUUUUUUUUGCAACGUUUUUUCCUAACAAUGAAUUGCGCAACCAGUGUACGAGAACUUGUCCUUGACAAUUGUCGAUCAGUGGAAGGAAAAAUUGAAGGCCUCACAGCUGAGUUUGUCAACCUGGAGUUCCUCAGUUUGAUAAAUGUUGGCUUAAUCUCAGUCUCCAACCUACCUAAACUAGGAAAACUCAAAAAGCUGGAGUUGAGUGACAACAGAAUCAGUGGCGGCCUUGAUGUUUUAGCAGAGAAACUACCCAACCUCACACAUCUAAACUUGAGUGGCAACAAAUUGAAAGACAUCAGCACAUUGGAACCGUUGAAAAAGCUGGAUAACCUGAAGAGUUUGGAUCUGUUCAACUGUGAAGUGACAAACCUGAAUGACUACAGAGAGAGUGUGUUCAAGCUGCUGCCCCAGCUCACCUACCUGGAUGGUUAUGACAUGGAGGACAGGGAAGCCUCUGACUCUGAUGGAGAGGUGGACGGAGAUGGCGUAGACGACGAUGAAGAUGAAGAAGGAGAGGAGGAGGAAGAUGAGGACGGAGAGGAGGAGGACUUUGACGAGGAAGAGGAGGAUGAGGAAGAUGAAGAGGAGGUAGAAGGAGAAGACGAUGAUGAUGAGGUCAGCGGAGAAGAUGAGGAGGAAGAUUUUGGUCAGGAUGGAGAAGUGGAUGAAGAAGAUGAGGAUGAGGAUGAAGAUGACGACGAAGCAGAAACUGGCAAAGGCGAGAAGAGAAAGCGAGACCCAGAGGAUGAGGAUGAUGACGAUGACGACGACGACGACGAUUAAGAGCAAAACUGAAAACGAGAGCCUACCGAGUUACCCUUCCUCCCCCACAAACCCGAACAUCCGCCCUCCUACAACUCGCACCGCCUUUGUAAUCCACGUCUACCCCCCCAGCUCUGAGCUCUUUUUAUGGGGCAAGACUGUACCGGAUGGGUGGGCCAAGUGGAGCUGCACCCCCCUCCCCACAUUUUUAUAAUUUUUUUUUUUCACCUCCCCCCAUGGAACUGAGAGCCACCCAACACCCUCCACCUCACCCACCCCACGGCCCCCGAGGUUCUCAGGCAGCCCAGCACUCAGCAUUCCACAAUUUCACUGUUGAUCCCUCUUUAUGUAUUCCCGUGUGAGGACUUUGGGACUGGUAUCUAGUUUUGGGUCUGUGCUUUUAAUAUUUUGUUGGAUGAAUUAUUUUUUGUUGUUGGGUUUAUUAUUUCUCAUUUUUUGUCUUUUUUUUCCCCCUGUUCUUUAUUUUUUUUUUCCCAAUAAAAUUAUUGCUAUAGCAGCUGUGCAACCAGCGAGCCAUGAUUUUUAGUGUGGCUGCCUGUUGCACAAAUCAAGGUUGUAGCUACAUUUUUACUUUCUGUAUGACAAAAAACAACUUUGUAAAUAAAAUGUUAACAUUU